UACUUCGUGACUUUACUAAGUUCAUAUUCUUUAACUGGGACUGUACGCAGUGUGGUUACCGUUAAAAAAUCACAACAUAACCUAGGCGUUUUGCAGUACUUUCUGUGUUUUUAGAUGCACAUCAAACUCAUAAUUUUGCAAAACUAGAAUAGUAGGACAGAAAUCUUGAGAAAAUAAUUUUUAAUCGAAUGAUUUAAAAUUAAAACUGCAGCAAUUCUUGGAACUCGGCAAAUUCAUGUGUAAAACAACCGAGUUUCGUUCUGCAUAAUUCUACCAUUAAAAUGGAUAAGGAGAAACUUCUUGCUGCUCGAAAGAAGCUCAAGGAGUAUCAACUUCAUAAAAAAGAUACUAUUUACGAACAACAGGACAUCCUAAGAAAUAAGGAUGAAGGUUCAGAGUUACACACUACGCUGGAAAGUGUGAUCCGUUCUAAAAUUGAAAAGAUUGAGGAAAAUUCAUGUUCACAAAAAAUAAAAAUUCAGGAAAUACAAUCUAGAGUAUAUACUUAUCCACCUGAAAAUUUGUUAAAAACUAAUAAAAGUAGUAUCAAAAGUGAUUUAUCGCUAGAGGAAAAUAGUCAGUACGAGACAGCAGUUGAUCAAAUAAGUAAUGUUGAUACUCGAUCUAAUAAUUCACUCGAUCUCGGAGUGAUACAAGAUACUUCAUUCUUGCAAACUGAACACUUGUUACAAAUGGCUUUUUCUGUUGCUAAUGCCUUAGGUGAUAAUAAUGAGUCUACUGAAAUGGGUUCAUUGGGUAACUUAUCAGAAAAAAACGAGUUUCUAAAAAUUUCUCUUCAAGAACACAGGAUACUUGUAAAUCAACUGCAUAGUGAACUCAGCCGGCAAAGCAGCAGAGUUUCAAAAUUAGAGGCAAUUUUGACUACUAAAGAUGCUGAGUUUAAAGCAAAACAUCAGCAGGAAUUAUAUCAUCUACAGGAAAAGCUGCAACUUCACACACAUACGACAGGAAUUUUGGUUGCUGAGAAAGCCGAAUUGUGUGCAACGAUUGCUGAAUGCCAAGAAACUAUAAAGCAGAAAACUGAGUUCACUGAAGAUCUUUAUAGAGAAUUAAAGUCUUGCCGUCUUCACGUCACUGAAUUAGAAAAGGAAGUUGCUAAUUCUAAAAGUAGUAGUGAAGAAAUGAAACGAGGUUAUCAACAGGAAUUAGAAGAUUACGACAAACUAUUGAAAAAUUUGUCAAUUUUAAGGAAGGAAAAAGAUGACUUAGAGUUGGAAGCAUCGGAAUUAAAACAAAAGCUUAAUUUAAAAAAUACGGAAUUGUGGAAUUUGCAGCAGGAACUCCAAGAAAAGAACGCGAUUUGUUCUCUCAAUGAACUAAAAAUACAACAGUUGACAAAUUCAUCGCAGCACAUUCAAACACUAGAAAAUCGACACCUUACAUCAACAGUACAUGAACAGCAACUAGCUCAACUGAAAGAGGCACUAAACUCCUUAAAUAAUGAAAAAGACGAGGCCAGCAAACAGUAUCGGCGUUAUGUAGAACAAUUGGAUGAGCAGAAUAAGAAAGUUAUUCACGAGCUUGAAUUGGCUCGUAAGAAGAUCGCUGAACUAGAGUUGAAAGAUCGCAGCUAUAUUCAACGGUUGUCUGAAAUGGAACAACAAUUGCACCGUGAAAGUGAACAAGUGGUUUCUUUAAAACCUUUAUUGGAACACAAGAAUCAGAUAGAUAUUUUAACAAGACACUUAGACAAUCUUGUCAUAGAGCAAGAGUCUCUUCAUCUUGCAUUGAGCCGAAAAGACGUAGAAAUCGAAAACCUGACCAAGGAACUGCAAGAAUUACAAGAAUUAAAUCAGCAGAAUUUAAAUGCAUCUAAACUGGCCACUGCGCUUGAAAGCGAACAACUGGGAGCUUCUCGGGCGGUAUCGCAAAACCAACAACUAAAACGUCAGCUUAACGAAAUGCAAAAUGCAUUCGUUUUACUAAGUAAUAGUAAAUUAGAUUUGACGGAGCAGCUACAAGCACAGCGCAGUAUAAGCAAGAAACAAGGCCUCCAACUGAACCAAUAUGAAUCACAAUUACAAGAAUUAAGGGAUCAAUUGAAGGAAAAGGAAGUUACUGUGGCAGAACUGGAGAAAGAGAAGAUGUUCAGUGCUCAAAUGGUUGACAAGGUGCAACAUUUCGAAGCAAAGUCUUACCACUCUCGUACUUUACAACAGGAACUCCUAAAUGCUCAGAUUUUAGCUGAAAAUCUCAAAAGAGAAAAUGGACAUCUGAGCGAAAAACUGGAUAUACAAGAACAAGAUGCCAGAUGUGAAUUAGAUGAUGAUCAUAAUUCCUUGAUUCCAAUAACCCAUGAUAUUAGAAGAAGCAAGUUAACAUAUGUGAAAACACAGUUGUCUCCAAAGGAAAGUCUUGAAAUUCCUCAAUCCUUGCAGAAGUUGGAAAGCAGAUUUAAAGAAGCGAUGCAAACAGUUGCUGAGUUGACAGAUGAUAAACAAAGAUUAGAGCAUCUUGUAUUGCAAUUACAGGGAGAGACAGAAACAAUAGGAGAAUACGUUACGCUCUACCAGAGACAACGUUUUAUUCUGCAAGAAAAGGCAAAAGAGAGAGAGCAACAUUUUAAACAGAUUGCUGUGCAACGAAAUCAACAACAGCAACAACUUCAAAAACUAAAAAUUCUGGUUGCAGAUCUAAUCACAAAUAAAUCUACUAAUUCAAUAAACAUCGACAUCGUUGCUGACAGAAUAAAAUCAUUAACUUCUUCCUUCAAACUUUCAGAUAUCGGCUCAGAACUAGAAAUUACUCCAUCUCUCUCGAAUCGCUGCGGAACGCAACGGCAUAGAGAAAACUACUCAUCACAAACACCUAAAAAGUAGUACAGAAGAGUGUUGUUUAUACCAUAUUUAGAGGAAAUAAUACAAUCUCUAAGCAAGCAAGUGGGAAAUAUGGGUUUACAAAUGGAAAACCCAAAGCGCUGAAUUGCCCAAAUAUGAUAUCGAAACUUUAAGAUAUUGUGAUAAAAAGUUUGUCCUAAAUAUUUAUAUUCUGCUGAAAUUAUUGGCAAUUCUGGCUGUUACUACAGUCUCCAUCGAAAGAAGCUUUUCCACCAUGAAAAUACUAAAAACGUAUCAUCGCAAAAGUACCUGUGAAGAGCAAUUAAAUAGAUUAGCAUUAAUGACUGCCCACUGUGAUAUGCAAAUAGAAGCACAGAGCAUAAUAGAUAUGUUCGCAAAUAAAACGCGCAGAAUUAACUUUUAAGAUGCAAGGCUGUUACAGCUAAUGUAUAUAAUUAUUUAUAUAAUAUCCUGCAAUAUAUUGUUAAAUAUAAAUAGAUAUUUCUAUCGUAGAUACAAGACACACCAAUCAUUUAUAUGUUUAUGUAUAUAAUAUCCUGAAAUAUAGUGUUAAAUG